AUGAUGAUGGUGAGCGACGACUGUCUGGUGGAGUGUAAGAUCGAUGACGAUGACGAUGAAGACAGUGCAGGUGCAGGUGAAGAACAGCUGAACACUCCUCCGCCUCCGCCAGAGUUUGCCUCCAAAGCUCCGACUCCACCUCCCAAACCCCCGACUCCUCCCGCAGGCCUUGUUGCACAAACUCCCACCCGUCCUGAGAACAGGGACCCUUAUGGCAUCAACCAGCACCUGAAGGUAGAAGUCAGUGACGUGCUGGCGGAGCCUGACACACCGCGCAGCAUAGACCAAGUGUGGUUUUACAGUGUUGUUGGCUUUGAGUCGGCGCGCAUCUGGACGUACCGGUGUCUCUCCCUGCUGCUCGCUGUGCCCUUCGCUCUCCUCUCUGGCGUUUUCCUGGCCAUCCUCGCCUGUUUGCACGUCUGGUGUGUGGUCCCUUGCAUACAGCUGAGCAACACUUUCCUUCCAUGUCUGCGGUCCUUGUGGAUGUGCGUUUUGAACAUUUUCAUCACUCCUUUCUGUUCAUCCCUCGCUCACUUCUGCAGCCAAAUCGCCAUUUCAGUGUCUAACAAGGACUGGUCUUUGAGGGCUGAAAAAGAUAUAGUAUGA